AGAAAUAUAUAAAUAAUUAUACAGUGGGAAAUAAGUGUAUAGUGUUUUGUUUUUGUUUUCGGUGAACGUUGAUUUCAGACUUUGGAGUUUUUGGUGAAUUGCACAAUCCUUUCGGCUCUUCUGUUAGGUGUAUUGGGAGAACUGAAUGAGAAAUGAGUUUUAAUUCAGGACAUUCAAUCAAAAUUGCGAAACAACUGAAAUAUUUUACAAGAUGUUAUUCAGACCUAUUUCCGAAAAUAACAACCCAUUACACCAUACAUCCAAGAGACAAGGAUCCACGUUGGAAAGAAGUAAACAUGGAGAGAUUCGCUGAUGAAACGGAUAUUUUAAUUGUUGGCGGCGGUCCAGCUGGAAUGAGUGCUGCCAUCAGAGCUAAGCAAUUAGCGGAAAAAGAUGGAAAAGAAGUUAGGGUAUGCCUUGUUGAAAAAGCAUCAGAAGUAGGUGGACACAUUUUAUCUGGUGCUGUAAUACAACCUACUGCCCUUAAUGAAUUAAUUCCGGACUGGCAAGAAAAAGGAGCACCUUUGAAAACUCCCGUGAAAGAAGACAAAUUUGCCUUUUUGACUGAAACCGGACGAAUACCGAUUCCGGUUUUACCUGGAACCCCGAUGUAUAAUCAUGGGAACUACGUUGUUAGAUUAGGCCAUGUAGUUCAAUGGCUAGGAGAACAAGCAGAAGCGCUGGGAGUCGAAAUAUAUCCUGGAUAUGCAGCAUCUGAAGUGUUGUACCAUGAAGACGGAAGUGUAAAGGGCAUCGCUACAAAUGAUGUUGGUAUAGCUAAAGACGGUAGUCCGAAAGACAAUUUUGAACGUGGAAUGGAACUCCAUGCAAAAUGCACAAUUUUUGCGGAAGGGUGUCAUGGACAUCUCAGUAAACAAAUUAUUAACAGAUUUGAUUUGCGGAAAAACGCUGAGCACCAAACAUACGGAAUAGGCCUGAAGGAAUUGUGGGAAAUAAAUCCAGACAAGCAUAGUCCUGGUAGAGUUGAACACUCUAUUGGAUGGCCUUUAGAUAAAAAUACUUACGGAGGAUCAUUUUUAUACCACCUGAAUGAAGACACUCCAUUGGUAGCCGUGGGAUUUGUUGUGGGCUUGGACUACUCAAAUCCUUAUUUGAGUCCUUUCAGAGAGUUCCAAAAGUUCAAACACCAUCCAUCAGUGAAACACUACUUUGAAGAUGGAACAAGGGUAGCUUAUGGUGCUAGAGCAUUAAUAGAAGGAGGAUUUCAGAGCAUCCCUAAGCUCACCUUUCCUGGAGGGUGUUUAGUGGGUUGUGCGGCGGGUCUAAUCAAUUUACCAAAAAUCAAAGGAACUCACAACGCAAUGAAAAGCGGGAUGUUAGCUGCAGAAAGUGUAUAUGAAGCGAUCAAUGGAGAAAAGCAAAAAACAGAAGGUUUUCAACCAAUUACGUAUGAAGAAACAUUUAAAAAUAGUUGGAUAUACAAGGAGUUGAAGGCUGUAAGAAAUAUAAGACCCAGUUUUCAUAAUCCACUCGGUUUAUAUGGGGGAUUGGCUUACAGUGGUUUUUCAGUUGUUGUGGGAGGUAGAGAGCCGUGGACACUUAAACAUGGCGAUCCUGAUCAUAAAAGGCUGAAGCCAGCUAAGGAAUGUAAACCAAUUGAAUAUCCUAAGCCUGAUGGAAAAAUCAGUUUUGAUUUACUUACCUCGGUAGCUUUGACAGGAACAAAUCAUGAAGGCGACCAACCUGCUCAUUUAACAUUAAAAGACGAUACAGUUCCGGUUAACCAUAAUCUUGCUGUUUUUGAUGGGCCAGAAGGCCGAUUUUGCCCUGCUGGCGUAUACGAAUUUGUAUCAUUAGAAACCGGAGAUGGACAGAGGCUACAAAUAAAUGCUCAAAACUGUAUACAUUGCAAAACAUGUGAUAUAAAAGAUCCAAGCCAGAAUAUCAAUUGGGUUGUUCCAGAAGGUGGCGGUGGACCAGCUUACAACGGAAUGUAACAUAUUUAAUUGCAAAAUGAAAGUAUCGUAGACUUGCAAAAUGAAAGUUUCGUAGACUGAUCAGCAAAACUUACUUUACCAGUCCUUUGUUGAAAACUGUUACCUUCUUAACGGACUGAAAAUAUCAAGGUGAUGAAAAUCUUUAGAGUAUUGUAAAGCGAAUAAUUAAAUCUAAGAGUACUUUUCUACUUGAUCCUUUUUUAGAAUUCAAAUAUUAUCAAUUAUAAUUGUGGCAAAUAUUUAUUGCAACUGAUAUUGUAAUGUAUUUUUAUAUGAAAUAUACGUGUUAUUAAUAUUAUGGUAAUUUAUUCUGAGUAAAAGCGUUGCAUAAAUUAAUCGUUUAAUAAAUCCAAGUAACACUAA